CAUCCCCUCAUCAGCCACCUAUUCGCCCUCUCCUCCUCUUUGGGUGCUUUGUGCGGCGGAGGAGAUGAGGAGAGGCUGCCUGAGGAGGAGACAGAGGGGAGCCCGAGACUAACACGUCCCACGCCAGAACCACACAGCCGUGGGCAACUUUAAUUUUGGAAGCACCGUAGUAUAGCCUGCGAUGUACAUGACAAUUAAGAGAAAGAGCCACGUUUCCUCUUCUUUCUCUCCUUCUUGUUCUCCUUGGGAGGCUUAGAUGCGUCGGGCGUGUGCAACAUACUACUACGUCCUUGGACUGAGGCGCUCAAUGAAGAUUUAUUUCUCUGUGAUUUCGCUGAUGAUACCGCCUCGCUGUGCCUGCGCUUAGGUCAUGAAUCCGAAGGCGGUCUGAGCGCAUUGUUUCCUGCUCCGUUGCAUUUGGGAUUUCCAGCCGUGAUGUCUGCAAUCUUGCGCUCUUUGUUUCUGGUUCUGUUCAGCCUGCUGGCAGUGGGUGCCCAGACAGAGAUGAAGAAGGUUGUUGGGGACAAUGCCACCUUACCAUGCCAUCACCAGUUCCCACCUUCCAGCUCUCUUGACAUCGAGUGGCUGCUGCAGAAACCUAACUCAAAGCAGAAAGUGAUCAUUACCUUCUUCGGAGGACAGGUCUACACCAACGAGGCCACUGGGAGUGACGCCAGCCGCCUGUCCUUUGCCGGGGAGUACCUGGGUGGUGACGCCUCUCUGCUGAUCAGUGACCUUCUGCUGACCGACUCUGGGGAGUACUACUGUAAAGUCAAGACUGGGGGAAAGUACCACUGGAGUCAGGUCAACCUCAUUGUUCUGGUGAAGCCCUCCAAGCCAAGGUGCUGGAUGGAUGGAAAACUCUUGGAGGGCAGGGAUGUCAAGCUGAGCUGUAAAUCCAGCGAUGGUUCAGACCCCAUUAGCUACAAGUGGGAGCGAGUGCUCGACAAAGGGAAGAGUCUGGGCAAGCUGCCAAACCUGGCGCUGAUAGAUCUGAAGAACCCAGAGAUCGUCACCCUGAGGAAUCUCACCCUGGACAGCACGGGUGUCUACAGGUGCACGGCAAGCAACGACGUGGGAGAGGAAAACUGCACCAUUGAGGUCACGAUGCAGCAUGUGAGGGAUGUUGGGAUGGUAGCGGGAGCAGUGGUGGGAAUAUCCUUCGGUGUCCUCAUUGUCAUAUUAAUCAUCUGGCUCGUCUUCCGGAAGAAAGAAAAAAAGAAGUAUGAAGAGGAGGAGACCCCAAAUGAGAUCAGGGAAGAUGCUGAGGCUCCCAAGGCCAAACUGGUGAAGCCAAACUCCCUAUCCUCAUCCCGCUCUGGCAGUUCGCGAUCCGGUGCCUCCUCCACCCAAUCAAUGGUGCACAACAGCAUCCAGCGUGGUCACCGCCCACGUCCACCAGCUGUGGCAGCUCUUAAGGAAAACGGACAGCCCCCAGGCUUCCCCCAGUCCCCUCCAGCCUACACUGCAGUGGUGCCCCCCAAAACGCCCGAGCCUCCUAUCACUCCAAAGUUCAACUCCAGGAACAUGUCUGGGCCCACACCCCCAACCCUCAUGGUCCCAGCCCAGACCAAGGCCUUUCAGACUGUGUAGGACUGAAAGCCACACCGUUUCCUUCAGCCAUGUAAGACUACAACCCCUCCCCGAAGCCUCGUAUACCCCUCUCCCAAAGACUGAGACUCUUCCAUAAACAAAGAAAUGCAACUAGUUUAAAGGAUGUAAUUAAAAGAAUCAUUACUAUAAGUCCAAAAGUACUUUUAAUGAAUGCAUAAUUUAAAGGGUAAAAUAUAAGACAUGCUUGCCCCUACUGAAUUAAAAAAACAAACAAAAAAAGCAGAAACCUGAGAUGCAAAAUGAUCCCAUGGCUGAAGGCUGAACUUUUUUUGCUGAGUUUUUCUUUUUGCCUCGGAUGGCACAGAGAAGAUCCUCGUGCAUCGAGGUGGAAGGCGCCCUCUAGAAGAGCUUUAUUAAUUUAUCAAAUUGUAGGCUUAGGCAUGCGGUCGAAGUGAGAAUAGGAAACUAAAAACAUACUUGUGUUCACUCUCAGUUAUACAAGAUGAAUAUAAGUGGGGCGGAAUGAGGGGGAAAGUGGGAGACUGUGUGGGAAGCUGGGUUUUGUGUUUUUAUAAAGUUGGAGACCAGGGAGGAGGGUUGAUUCUCUGAUUCGUGUCACUCUGCGCCUCUCUCUGUCUGCUUCCAACUACUUGCUCUAAAACCACAAACCGCUUUGCCUCCCCCAUGGGCCUGGCCGGUUUUGCCCAUCCAUGUGGACAGGCACGGUGCUCGGCAUGUGCAUCAUCCGCCUCAUUGCGCUCGGUCUUUUGUGCUCUGGCAAAGGAACCCAUGAGAAACCACAUACUGACUCAGCUGACUCACAGACGCCUCAUGUGCUUCACCGUUCAGCUGGGGUAGGGGGGGCGGGAAGGAAGACCUCAAGUACAAGGAUGCAGCAUUGAUGGUAAAGUCAAAUAAAUGGACUUGUUAACUUUCCUCCCACAUCUACAUUGUUAAACUCUUGUACUGCUACCAAAUAUUCUGCUAAGUAAUUUUGUAGCAUUUAUUAGCCCUAUAGCGAUACUUUAAACAUAGGGGUAAGCAUCUAUUAGAAUAGCUAAUCUUUUCUUUUUGUUUUGUCUCUGUUUUCCUUUGUCUCUUUUUCCGGAGCAGUUUGCAAAACGUCAAAGACAACCAUGUGUCUAAUCAUUUAUUUUAAGAAGUGCCACCAAUGCCUAGGACGGCUUAUUAUUUAUUUUAUUUUUUUCUGUUUUUGUUCACCAGCUACAUUUCUGAACUGAAGCCAAAAUCUGUUGCGAUGAAUGUGUGAUGUACAAAGAUGGUGGAGUCCAUUAUUUUCAGCCUCCUUCAGGGUUCAUUAUCAAACUAAGGCACGCAAUUUUUAAAUUUUACUUUAGUGUGUCUAAAGAAGGAGACCAAGGAGUGGGAUUCUAGAUAAAUCCAACACUUUCCUUGGAUCCUUAACAGUGGUGUGGCACUUGAUUGUUGUUUCACCCAAUCACCUGCUUGGUUAAUGUUUGUCAGCAAGAUACCCAAUUGUUGUAUCCUUUGAGAGACAAAGUGCAGUUUGACUUAGAGUAGCUGAAAAAGGGCAAGUACCCUCUCUAGUGUGCCUUUGCAAUCCCUCUCCCUUUAGAUUUUUUUUUACCAUCCGCCUCCCUUCCUUGGUCCUUAUCUUCAGUAUACCAGUGGUUAAUUCUGUUCACAUGCAGCUUUGAGGGUCACCAGCAGGAGGCACUUGAUAUCACAAAAACCGCCCCAGUAACAGAUGCUGCCGAGGGAGCGCCAAGUAGAGUGAGUGGUGAGAAAGCAACCCCAUGCCACAGGACUAUGUACUGUACAUUCUGUAAUCAGUCUUGUUUUAUAUUGUACAUAAAUAGAUAUAUGCACACAUUGUCAGUUCAAUUGAUAAAUAAGGGUAUGUCAGUAAAGAUUUUCCUUUUACAGGAAAUUGUCAAGUGAGAAAUCCAAAGUGAGGUCAAACUGUCUUUUUUUCUGAUGUAACCAAUGACAAUGAGAUAAUCAGUCUCCCUAAUUGGAAAAAAUGUAUAUGACAAAAUGUGUGGAUGUGUAAAGGAAAAAUGCAUCUCAUCCAUCAUAACCACCUUCCAGAUUGCCAUAUUUUUUCUAUUUCUGAAAAAAAUAUUGAAAUGGAUUUAUAGCCACUUGGGCAAGUUUUCACAACCUUCAUUGUGUUAAGUCUUCACUUGUGAGUGACAGCUGGAAUAUAGCUUUAAAAAUACAAUAAAAUUAAUUGGAUAGAAAAUCAGCUCAUUAUGAAGAAAUCUUUUAAGAAAGGCCUCGUCUUAAACUUUAGCUCAGCCAGAAGUUACAACAAACAGUCGAGUGUAGAACUCAGAAUAAAGGCCAGGAACAUUUUUCACUAUUUACUUUUGCAUUAUUCUCAAUAAACGUGAGGAGUAAGAGCAGAAAGUGUUAAUUGAGCAGUUUGCUUAUAUUACUACACAAAUCCAAAUAUUACUUCAGCAUAUUUUUCUUUUUUUAUGUUUGAAAGGUUCUUUCUAUCUCAGACAUCAUUCAGCCCUUUCAACUUACAAUUAUAGUUUAAUGGUAACAGGGUCUCAGCAAAUCCUGAAAAUGUAUGUAUAAGGGGUUUGAGUAGCAUUUUUUUCCGAGUACACAAAGCAAUAUUUGGUCAUAGUUUCUCAAAAUUUUAAUUCCGCAGAAUGGUAGAUCCUUGUCCAAGGUUUAGCAACCUGAAAUAAUCCCUAACCUGAACAGAUUUCCUCCAUCUGGAAAGUUGGAGAAAAUGUGGCUGUUCAAGUGCUCAGAUUAGGACUUCUGCUCUCUAAAACUUCACAUAGUUGUUUUAUCAUUUAUCAUUACAUACUCCUCAAAGUUAAAAAGACAAGAUAACACAGUUUUUCAGUAAGUCAGAAGUGUGUUGCUCGUUUUUAAUUAAAAAAUUGAUACAAGAAAAGGUUCUACUCAUAAAGUCUCUGUAGAUUCUGUAUAAGUUAUAACGCUCCUAAAGUUAAAAUAUAACUGGACAACUUCUGACGACAUCAUUACCAGCAGAAGUCAUCUACAUCCUCGGCUAAUGGUGUCAUCAUACUUUUUUGCGUCAUUCAUUAGAGACUAUCUACAGCUUGGUACUUUUUUCCUUCUUCUUGUCCAUGCAAUACACUGAUCUGUUCAUGUCACACACAAAUCCAAGUGUGAUUUCUUAACCUUUGGAGUACUACUAUCUGUGUAAAUUUGCUUACAUCCAUGGUCAGAGCAAUAAUUUAAAUGUUUAAAACAACUAGAAGUGUGAAAAACAAAGCUGUUGGAAGACUUAAGUUUAUCUUGCAAAGACACACUGUUCUGUUUUGUUAUUUAACAUCUUAGAACUCCCAUUUCCCCUGUCUUUGUACCUUUAUGAUGGAUUUGGUCAUAUUUCAGUUCUAAAUCUGCAACAUCUGCCAGGAAAGGAUGUGUUGUUUGAAUUCACACAUUGGAUUUCACACAUGACUUAACCACAGGGGUAAUUGGGGGAAAAAAAGUUGUUUUUUUUUGCUUUGUUCUUUUUCUAAAUUAACUAGCAACAGCGUGUCAUAUAUGACCAAGGAGGCUACUAUUUGUUCGCAAUAGAGAAGGGUUGUUUGUGAGUGUGUGUACUAGCAUGUCUGCGAAUACACUUGUAAAUGUGUAUGAACUUGUAUGUGUGGGUGUAUGCAUGUAAAUUCAGUAUUUGCCCCAGGGCCACACCCACACACUGAUGUUGCCCAUUUGAUGAGGUCGAAGGAUGCACUCAAGCAAGGCAACCGCUGUCUAAAUGUACAUGACUCCAGACUGGCAGUAUUUAUUUUAGCUUUUGCUUAGUUUUAUAUGCACAUUGAAUUUGGCUUCACAGGCAGCAGUCAUGUUUUUGCUUGUGGGGGUGGCAUCUCGAGACAAAGAGCGUUCAUAAUUCAUAACUCAUCAGCCCUGAAUGGGAACUUGUGCACUCCUGCUAUCUCCGUGCAGAAUGCACUUUGUCCGGGUUGUAUUGAUGGCAUCUCACCAAACACACAAACAGUUACAAGUUGUAUAUACGCACACAUCAACAGGUGCACAUAUCAUAUGCGGGAUGCAUAUGAGAAUGCAGUUGUGUGCACUUGCAAGCACACCUCACAAAAGUUGACACCAUUUGCACAAACAAAAGCCUAAACAAGCAUUCCGUUAUUUCUGCUCCUUCAGAAUCAAUUUGAUGGAUUGAAUGUCUGGAGGUAUUACGGCUGACUGAAACUAAAUGUGGUACAGAAUAGGACGUAGCAUCACUCAGAGGACAUUUGCACAAGAAAAGAUACAGUAAGAAAACAAAUGGACACUUGCAAGCACUCAGUAAAACAGACACUGCUAUGCAUCCUCAAGAUCUUGAUAACAUAUGCUGAAAGAUUUUUUUCUUCUUGCUUGGGAAUUUACAACAGUGGUACCGGGAAAAAGGAGAGUUAUGACAGGAUUGGCUCAGAGCCAGGGCUGUGGGCCCUUGUCAUUGAAAUUUGCUCAUCCACAGAUGAAAGUAGCAUUGGUGGAGGAGGUUGGGAAGCAAGUCUUCCAGCUUUAAAAUUCUCCAAGCUUUUUUGAUGUGCUAUCCAGCUUCGGCAAGUCUCAGACUCCCCAGUUUAUGAUCCCUCGCGCUACGUCCCUUUGUGGCCCAACAAACUCACUCGUUUUCCAACAAAUGAAUUUUAAGUCGCUUUUGUCAGUUCAGUGAGCACAGGAGGAGAAAGUCUGAACACGGCCCACAGCUGAGAGCGUCAACCCAACAUCCAAUAUUAUCCGUCAGCACUGCACAUUGUGCACUUGUGAUCAAUACUCAGAGGUGCCGUUAAAUGGUUAAUGGUUAUCCUGCGGUACGUGACGAGAGAAUGAAUCUCAUGUAGCUACAGUGUUUUACAUUGUAUUAGUCACGUUUCAUUUCUUAUUAAAGCUACUGAGCAGGGCAAUCUGUGGUUUGGCCUUGUCUGUCAGUAUAAGAGAAUGUGAUGUAUUAUUGCUUUUUAAGACUGGAUGAGGCUUCUUUGAACCUCAAGAAAGGUAAGAAUGGUUCAGAGAGAGAUUGCAAAAGGUACCUGCAUGUCAUAGCAGAUUGAGCAGAUGAACGGGAAUGCUUUGCUUUGAUGUAACAUAACUGUAAUCAACUAAAAGUAAUUAAAUGAAGAAAAUCUAAAAUUGUAAAUAUAUUGACACAAAAGGAUUUUUGAAGCUUUAUUUUUGUCUUCUUUUGGGUUUUUCAAAUGUUCAUCCAUGUACUUUGCACUUUUCUGUGUGCUAUGCUCAUCAACGGCGAGUGUUGAUUCUGUGUGGUCGGCUGUUUCCUCUGGACCGCGUUGUUUCAGUGACAGAGGCAGACAGGCUCAGCAUGGCUCAACUAAAGGGAAAUGUAAAACACUUUUGUUUACUUUACUCUCAUCUGUUUUCUGAUGUGCAUUGUCAUUUUGGUUUUCUAAAACAAUAAAGGACUUUUUUUUUGCUUUUAUUUGUUUGGUGAAAACAAUCCAUGUAAAUAUCACAAGUAAAAAAUGUAUAUUUUUACGACUUCUGAGUUAUUACUCUUUCAUUUGCAAAUAAAAUAUUCAAUCUCAA